AUGGACCAACAUUCCGAUGGGCAAGGAAGCCUCGCCGCCCAGAAGUUCAUCUUCACGAGGCCCGAAGAGAGGAAAAUCCGACGGCGGUUUAUUUAUACGGCCUUCUUCUUCGACGCCAUCGCAAUUGCUCUUAUCAUACCUCUCUGCGUCGGUGGGUGGGUUCACAAUGCCAACCAGGUGGGCGGCGCCGUCAACAGCGAAGACACCCAUCUAGUCACGUGGUCGGCAGUAUACCGCCGGAGCGAGAGCCAGCGUGAAAGCACGUUCGUCUUGACCUGGUUCUUGAGCAGCUGCUGCUUCGAAGAAGCAUACAUCGAUAGCGGCUCUGCGCUGGCAGGCUGUGUACACCGGACUCCCGGCAGCUCCUUCGAUCUGGAGAGUAUCGUGAAGGAUGUGGAAGGGAGGUUGGCGUAUCCGGAAAACCUGGGGGACACGGCGUCGGAAGGACGUCUCGUGGGGCCGAAUGCCCUCGAAUUCACCGGCGCAGAGACGAUCAGCUCGACGAGAGACGCACUCGCGUCGUACGGAAUCUACCUCGCCAUCAACAUCGGCACGUGGAUGAUGCAGAUCAUCUCCAAGCGGCACAAGAUCGUUCUGAGCGCCUCUCACUGGCGGGUGAUGGCGGCCGCGCAGGUCCUGGCGCUCUUCGCCUUGCUGGUCGCCUCGGGAAUCACGACGUCGGCGGCUCACAAGGCGCGAAAUGCCCUGGGGGAAUUCAAAGAGAUCUUUCCGUACCACGCCAUCGGGUCCUCGUUCGCGGCCAUGACGUGGUGCGCCUUCGUCAGCCACAUGUUCGGCUGCCUCGCCUACGGCGCGACGGUCUUCCUCUGGAACCGACUGCAGCGUUCGGAGCUGUAUCCGCCGGAGCCGGAGGACGAGAUCGAGCGGAUCAGAAGGAGGAGUACGCGCGGGGCGGGCCAGUAUCGCUCCCGCAGGUUCGAGGAGCCGGCGGUGCACCGGGAGGUCGACCCGAAUGCCCCGGUCGAUGACGAGCUGCCGCCGUAUUCGAGGGUUGAUCCGAAUGAAGGCGGCAUAAGCCCGCUGGAGCAAGCAAGGCAUCCUGAUAGUGUUCAAGCGCCCAUUGAGUUGGCUCAUCUUAGGGGGGUACGAAACCCGCUCCCUCAACCAAUUGGUGAGCAGGGGAACAUACCAGCUCCGGCGUAUGAGCUCCAUCAAUGGCCUCUGAGAUAA